UAUUUCCAAAGAACUUAUAAUUACCUAUCAAAGGUUAACCCUAUUAAAAACUCGUUCAAUCUUUUAAAUAUAGUAUGGAAGAUAGGGCACAGAAAGUAUCACUGCAAACCUUGCAAAUCCGCAAAAAGGUGACAAAAGCAAGCUCUGUUUGCGUAUCUUAAAGAUACUUAAGUGGAUCUUGUUUGUUCAGGUUGUGUGGCACUUUUACGACUUCCCAUAAAGACCAUAAAGAGAAGAGCUGUUGGAGAAAGGAUUCAUCACGGUAGCAUACUUUCGGGGGCAAUCGGUUUAGUGAAUAUCUCAACCCAUGAGAUACUUUGUGGGUCAAUCGACUGCCCCAGAUUUUUGGCGGGCUAUCCAGUUGGGUCAGUGUCGUUCCUUUUUUAUCGGAAUUUUUCAAACCACAGACCGCAAAAGUUGACUGGAAAAAAACAAGGAAAGCUUUCGCAAAAGAAUAUUUAAGUGUUUAUUGUUUGUGAAACACUCGAACGAUGGACACAAAUGUUGUGAAAGUAUCUGUGGCGGAUGCCCCCAGCUCCGAGGGCAGUUUCGCCAGUACCACAAGUGGUCCAUGUUGUGGUGGUCCACAAGGCGACUUGGAUGUGGAAAUCCCACUGGAAGAGCAGCUUGAAGAGGAAGAUCAAAGUGUGAUUAGUUUACAAAAACCCAUGAGUAAAAAGAAGAAAUGCUCGAGUGACUUAUCGGGUGGGAAUAGUUAUGCCACAAAUAAAAAUGUGGCAGAAGGCCUCAUGGAUAUAGCUUUGCUCUCUGCGAAUGCCAAUCAGCUACGAUUCCUGAUCACUUACAACGACAAGGCCUCCACCUACACGUACUGUUUAAUUCUGGUGAUACUUUCCCUGGUACUGCAGCUUUUGGUUGGAAUUAUGUUGAUAUUUAAGAGACGUCUAAAGCGAUUCAAGGGUAGAAGCUACGAAAGAACCAACGAUCUUCUGGUAAUGGGAGUGUUCAUGAUCACUGUCAUCAAUAUAAUGCUGGCAGCUUUCACAACAACCGAUGGAAAUGGCCACUAAUUAAAUAAAAUAAUAAAAAACACUCUCUAA